AUGGAGUCUGGCAGCGCAGACUGCAUGAAGGAGUUUAUAAAACGUGUAUAUUUUCUCACCCGACCCAAAUUUUUAUCACUUAUUAUUACUUCCUUUCUUUCUUCUUCUUCUUCUUCUUCUUCUUCUUCUUUCUUUCUUUCUUUCUUUCUUGUGCCUUCCAGUGCCUCAUCUUCCAUCUUGCCUCCUUUUUUUUGCUAUUUGACUUCUUCCUCUUCUAAAUACAAAUUCGUCUAUCUUCAACUUUCUUCGCUUGUAACCGCUUAUUCCGCUAUAUUUCUUUCUGUUUAUCUUUCUUUCUUCGCCGUCUUUUUACCUCCUUUUAUUCCUUCUUUCUUUCUUUCUUUCUUUCAUUUCCAUCUUCGCUACCUUAUUUCAUUCUUUCUCUUUCUCCAUCUCUUUUCUUUUCUUUUGUUUUCCUUCUUUCUAUUUGACCACUUCUCACAUUCCUCUUCCUCUAUUUUCUCUUGCCUGUUUCUGUUGUUUUUCUUUUUCGUUUUCUUUCAUUUCGCCCUCUUCUCUGUUUGUUUCCUUCCUUUUUUUUUUCUUUUCUUUUCUUUAACAUCGCCAUUGUUGCCUAAUCUUCCUGUUCUUUGCAUUUUUUUAAUUUUAUUUGCUAUCUUUUAUUUUCUUCCUGCUUUGCUUUUCCUUGUCGUUCUUCUAUUUCUCCCUUCCUUUCUUCAUUUUCUUUCCGUUGUUAUCAAUCUGUUCUUUCCCUCCUUAUUUCUUUUGCUUUUCUUCCUCUUUCUUUUUACUACAUCAUUUUUCUUCUUCCUCUUUUUUUCCAGUUAUUCUAUUCCUUUUCUUUCAACUUCUUAUCUCUCUCUCUCCCUCUAUAUCUUCACUCCUACACCCUCAUUCCAUAUACUUCUCCUACACAUCCUCUUCUUUUCCCUCUAUUUCUCUUCUCUGUCUCACCUUUCUCUCUCUCUCUCUCUCUGUCUCUCUCUCCCUUUCUCUCUGAUUCUUUACUAUAUUUCACUUUCUAUUUGUUCUCUUUCUUUUCUCUUCUUUCCCCAUCUUUACCACCAGGAUCUCGCUUUUGUCUUUCAUUUCUUCGUUCUUUUCCGUAACUUGCUUUCGUUUUAUUUCUCUUCUUAUCAAAUCUAUUAUUUCCUUGUCUCCUUUUUUUGCUAUAUCUUUUUUUUUUUUUUUACACAAAGUGUUUUCCUUCUCUUUUUAUUUCUUUCUUUUUUUCUUUCGUUUUUUUUAUUUCUCUCUAUCAUCCACUCUCUCUCUCUCUCUCUCUCUCUCUCUCUCUCUCUCUUCCCUAUUUGCGAAUACUGUUUUUCUUUUUUAGUUUUCCUUUUUGAUUUUAUUUUAUGUUUCUUCUUUAACACACUCUAUUUUUUUUCUUUAUUGCUUUCACUCUUUUUCUUCCUCUUUUCAUUUUCUCUUUUUUUCUCACUUCUUCCUUUCUUUCUUUGA